AUGCUUAGAUCAGAAGAUGAAAUGCAGUUUUGUCUUGGUAAAAUACCUGCGUUUAUAUGUCGAUUGAAUUGCCCAGGAUAUCACAUAUGCUUAGAUGGAUUAUGUAGAUGUAUCAACGAAGAUACUUUGGCUGUAAUACCUGAUUCCAGAGAUGAUCAAUUUGUUAAUUCGAACAGAUUUAUAGAUUACACCGCAAGGUUGGACAACAAUCGUAAAGAGAAAAAACGAUCUAACAAGGUUGAAUCGCGACCUGCUCUCCGUCACCACAUAGCUCACUUCUGUCCAAAUUUAGACGAUGCCAGAGUUUGCAUCAGAACUUGCAUGAAGACGGGAAAGCCAGCGUUCUGUGGCAAAGAUCACAGGUGCUACUGCGGCCAUAAAUAUUCUGCACACUCUAAAGAUACGCCACAAGAUGCUAACGCGACAUAUGCUCAGUUCAAAGAUAUGUAUGAGAAAUAUUUCGGGAAAGAAAUAGAUUCAGAUUACUUCUUCGGUGGCGAUACGCUUAGAUCAGAAGACGAUUUGCAAUUAUGCCUGCAUAAUGUACCUGCCUAUAUAUGCCAUUUGAGCUGCCCCAGAUAUCACAUAUGUUUAGAUGGAACGUGUAGAUGUGUCGAUGCUGUUACUUUGGCUGUAAUACCUGAUUACAAAAACGGAAAGAAACGAUCUAAUAAGAUUAAAACGCGACCUGUUCUCCGUCACCAUAUAGCUCACUUCUGUUCAAAUUUAGACGUCGCUAGAGUCUGUAUCAGAAAUUGUAUGAAGAUGGGAAAGCCAGCGUUCUGCGGCAAAGAUCACAAGUGCUACUGUGGCCAUAAAUAUUCUGCACACUCUAAAGAAACGCCACAAGACGCUGACGCAACAUAUUCCCAGUUCAAAGACAUUUAUGAGAAGUAUUUCGGGAAGGGUUACGUACAUAAUCAAAAUAUAUAG